UGCUUGCGUCGGUCCAUUUCAGUCAGUUCUUGUUCAAGUCCUCUUGAAGCAACAAUAAGAUCCUUCUCCUGUUUUCGACUUAGUCUUUCGAACCUACAACCUAGUUUUCAUCAAUUUUUAUCGUUUAGACGAUAUAUAGCGAAGGAUAUUGAAACAGUGGACAAAUUUUAAUUCGCGCAAUAAUUGGCCGAGAUGACGGAGCCCGUGAAACAAAUCAGCAGUGAUGUGGAAGCGUCGGCAGCAAACGACAGGAGCCGACGAAAAGUUAGCAGCGAGUUGGAGCAUCCGAGCGCGCCGCCCGAUGGUGGACUCCACGCCUGGUUCAUCGUGUUCGCCAGUUUCCUGACCAACGGCAUCAUCUUCGGCAUCCACAACUGUUACGGAAUCAUCUACCUUCGUCUCAGGAUGGAAUUGGAGCGGACGGGAGUCGCUGACGCAGCCUUGAAAGCAUCACUGGUCGGGUCUCUCUCCAUUGGAAUGACUUUUUUCGUUUCACCCCUCGCCGGAAUCUUGAUUGACUCGAUAGGAUUGAGGCGGACGGCCGUUUUGGGUGGUGCAAUCGCUACCGUAGGCAUGCUGGCCUCUUCAUUUGCUUUAGCUCACGUCGAAGCUUUGUACCUUACUUAUGGGGUGCUCUUCGGCGCUGGAACAUCUUUGGCUUACAAUCCUUCACUAGUGAUCCUGGGCCAUUAUUUCCGCAAACGUUUGGGUUUAGUCAGCGGUUUGGUGACAGCUGGCAGUUCGGUUUUCACGUUCACCUUGCCGUUCUUCCUUGAAUUCAUCCUGGGUCUUGGACUUGAAGCGACGCUCCGAAUCCUCGCCGGAAUGAUGGGACUUCUGAUGGUUUGCGCUGUCACUUUCGUGCCCAGAUUGCCGCCGACCAUCGAAAUCAAUGGUGCCGGUACAGCAGAAGGAAGUGCAGGUUGCUCAAGGCUGUGGAAGAAGUAUAUCAACUUCUCCAUAUGGAAAAACAAGAAGUACGUCAUCUGGGCCAUUGCCAUCCCUAUCGCUAUGCUCGGCUAUUUCGUCCCAUACGUCCAUUUGGUUUCCUACGUCAAAGACGUCCUACCAGAGGCCGAUGGGAAAGUUCUGGUCCUUUGCAUCGGAUUGUCUUCCGGCAUCGGCCGGCUGAUUUUUGGCAAAGUCGGGGACCAUCCUAAAGUCAAUCGCGUUAUCCUUCAGCAGAUAGCCUUUUUAUCCAUUGGAGUUGUCACCAUGCUGUUGACCCUGGCCAAUUCAUUUACUUGGUUUAUUAUUCUGUGCCUCUUCCUGGGCUUGUUCGAUGGCUGUCUGAUCGCACUCGUCGGACCCAUAGCCUUUGACUUUUGCGGACCAAAGAACGCUUCCCAGGCUAUAGGAUUUUUACUGGGACUUCACUCGCUACCCAUGACUACUGGUCCGACUGUUGCAGGUGCGAUGUACGGAGCUCUUAAAAGUUACCGAAUUCCGUUUUUACUUGCCGGAUGUCCGCUCAUCAUUUGCGCAUUCAUUAUGCUUUUGAUCCAUCGAGUUAAAGACCAAGACGUUGAAUCGGAUGAAUCUGACGGAUCUGUCGGGAGCGCAAAUAAUUCAAUCAAGCGCAAAUCCAGUUCGAAACCCGAUGUCAACGGGAAUCAGAACAUUCAACCAGCGACAUCUUACGGCGUUCAAGCCAUUUCGCCCAAUAACUUGAAAGGCGAAUGCGUGGUUGCAAAUAAUACUUCCGGACUCGUUCUGGGCCAGACAGAAGUGGUCAUUUCCAACCGGAAGCCUGUUAUUGCCAACUUGAACAACUGGUCUCCGGCUGUUGGCAGGUACCACAUCGUUCCACCGAUGGCUUAUGGGACCACGGACCAGUGCCCAAAUCCAGUUUCCCUUACUAGUUUCCAGCCAAACACAUCUUCCAUAUUAUGGUGAAUAAUAGUCGAGCAGAAUGAUGUAUAAGAGGUUGGAAUCUCAAUCGCGCAGAAAAUCUCAUUCUUUAAUAAUAAAAAUGACAGAAUAGCUACGAUACAUUGGAUAAGGAACAUGGUCGGCUGGUCAGUCCUACCUCUUCCUUUAAAGUAUCUUUGUAUUGAAACGAAUUAAUAAUAGUUUAUACAGAAAAGCAAUGGUAUACUAAACACACCAACUGCUAUCUUUUUGUCAAGAUAAAGUAUUUUCUCUUCCUCGCCAAUUAGCUAACCGCAAAUAUUUUGAAAUUUUUUUACUUCCUAUUUUUGCGUACUAGCUGAAACCUGAAUAUAUUGUUCCAUUAUUAUUUUAAUUGGGAUCUAUGUAAAUAGGUCACACAAAUGAAUGAGGUACCGGAAUAAAAGUGAAAACUAUGA